AUGAAGCUAUGAGGAAGGCUGGUGUUGCCCACAAUAAAUCCAGCAAAGAUAUGGAGAGUCAUGUUUUCAUGAAGGCGAAAACAAGGGAGGAAUAUCUUUCUCUUGUGGCCAGACUUAUUAUCCAUUUUCGAGACAUUCAUAAUAAGAAAUCUCAGGCUUCAGUCAGUGAUCCUAUGAAUGCCCUGCAGAAUCUAACUGGGGGUCCCCCAGCAGGGGCACCUGGAAUGGGCAUGGCUUCACGAGCUCAGGGAGCACCGAUGAGCGGGAUGAGUGGCCUUGGCCCAAUGGGGCAACAGAUGAGUCUCCCUGGGCAGCAGCAGCCCCCUGGAACCUCGGGGAUGGCCCCUCAUGGGAUGCCUGGUGUCUCUACAGCUACUCAGCAGACCCAACUUCAGCUUCAGCAGAUAGCGCAGCAGCAGCAGCAGCAGCAGCAGCAAUUCCAGCAGCAGCAGGUGGCUUUGCAGCAGCAGCAGUUUCAGGCCCAGCAAUCAGCCAUGCAACAACAGUUUCAGGUCCAGCAGCAGCAGGCAGCAGCAGCUGCAGCAGCCCAGCAACAGCAGCAGCAACAGCAGCAGUUGCAAGCUGUCCAGCAGCAGCAACAGCACAUGCUGAAACUGCAAAUGCAGCAGCAGCAAAACCAGCAGCAGAUGCAGCAGCAGCAGCAGCAACAGCAACUACAGCGAAUUGCCCAAAUGCAGCAGCUGCAGGCAGCGCAGGCUAUGCAGGCGCAGCAGCAGCAGCAACAGCAACAAAUACCACAGCAACAGAUACAGCAGCAGCCACCUCAACAAGUAAUGCAACAGCAGAUGCAACAGAUGCAGCAGCAACAACAGCAGCAGCAGCAGCAACAACAGGUUGCUCAGGCACAGCAGACUCAGCUUCCACCACAAUCCCAGCCUCAACCCCAGCCCAUGGUGUCUCAGGCACAGGCGAUCUCAGGACAAAUUCCUAGUCAGGUUAUGCCUGUCACUCUCACACCACAACAACUGAAAGCAAUGCAGGUAAGAGCUCAGCUGGUCCAGCAGCAGCAGCAGGCAGCAGCAGUGCAAGCAGCUCAGGCCCAAGCUGCUCAGAUGGGAGCUUCAGGACAGCCUUUAGAGAAAAGCUUACUAACCAUUUGCUCCGUGCUCCCCCUCGCCCUAAUCCCUGGAGGUUGCAUGUGCUUUUCAUCCUGCCAGUGCACUGCAUUUCUUGUUUUGCGAUUACUUUUGUCUGUUGUCCCUCUGUCCUCAAAGAUGAUCACCGCACCUAUGGCCCGAGGUGGGAUGCAAAUAAGACCACGGUUCCCGCCUACCACCGCUGUGUCUGCCACGCCGCCAAGCUCCAUUCCUUUGGGCGGACAGCAAAUGUCACAGGUCAGCCAGAACAACAUCACCAUGAUGUCAUCCCCAUCUCCCGUCCAGCAAGCUCAAACUCCCCAAUCGAUGCCGCCUCCACCACAGCCAUCUCCUCAGCCAGGCCAGCCAACCUCUCAGCCAAACUCAAAUGUCAGCUCUGGCCCAGCUCCAUCACCUAGCAGCUUUCUCCCUAGUCCAUCUCCACAACCAUCCCAGAGCCCAGCAGCUGCACGAACGCCUCAGAACUUUAGUGUCCCAUCCCCAGGUCCUUUAAACACUCCAGGAAAUCCAAAUUCUGUCAUGAGUCCAGCCAGUUCUAGCCAGUCAGAGGAGCAACAGUAUCUGGAGAAACUCAAACAGCUGUCAAAAUACAUUGAGCCGCUCCGGAGGAUGAUCAAUAAGAUAGACAAAAAUGAAGAUAGGAAGAAGGACCUGAGUAAAAUGAAGAGUCUUUUAGAUAUCCUGACUGAUCCUUCAAAACGAUGCCCUCUGAAGACAUUACAGAAAUGUGAAAUUGCUCUGGAGAAGCUCAAGAAUGAUAUGGCUGUGCCUACUCCACCGCCUCCCCCAGUGCCCCCCACCAAACAGCAAUACUUGUGUCAGCCACUUUUGGAUGCUGUCUUGGCCAACAUCCGUUCACCAGUCUUCAACCAUUCCCUUUACCGCACCUUUAUGCCAGCUAUGACUGCAAUCCAUGGCCCGCCGAUCACGGCCCCAGUUGCUUCACCUCGAAAGCGGAAGUAUGAAGAGGAUGAAAGACAGACCAUACCAAAUGUCUUACAAGGGGAGGUGGCAAGAUUAAAUCCUAAAUUCCUGGUCAAUCUGGACCCCUCCCAUUGCAGUAAUAAUGGCACGGUUCAUCUCAUAUGCAAGCUAGAUGACAAGAAUCUUCCAAAUGUCCCACCGCUACAGCUCAGCGUUCCAGCGGACUACCCAGAUCAAAGCCCUCUGUGGAUAAAAAACCCGAGACAAUAUGCAGCCAAUCCCUUUUUGCAGUCAGUGUAUCGGUACAUGACUUCAAAACUAUUGCAACUUCCAGACAAGCAUUCAGUCACUGCACUCUUAAACACCUGGGCACAAAGUAUUCGUCAAGCCUGCCUGUCUGCUGCAUAACAUCUCACUUCCUAAAUCAUGAAGAAAAGGAAUAGGGUCUCGACAGCUGGCCUCUUCCGCAUGCCACUGGAAAAUCACAGGCAUUUUGGGGAGGGUAUUUCAGAAGAAAGAAGCCUUAUAUUGUUUUGUUUCUAGGUGUCAGGUUCAGUAGAGAACCUGGUGUUAGAUUAGCUUUCAUGCUUUUUAUCUUCUGCCUCUGUGGACUUUUGCCAGCAUUUUCAAAUAUACAAUGUGUAUAUAUGGUUCUUGAGACUGUAUUAGGAGGAGCUUUUAUUGUCUUCUUAGAGAAGAAAUUAUUUGUGGACUUCCGUCAGGGAGUCUGACUGAUAUAAGAGGGAGCAGGGGGAGAAUGUCCUAGUUUGCUUCAAAGUUUGCCCGGUGUCAGUAUUCCUUUCACACUGUGUAUUUUGUGACCUGAUAUUGCCCCAGGAGUAAAUUAGCUGCAGCUAGAAUGUGCUCACAGACUUCCCAGUGACUGCAGGAAUAUUUUGCCUGUUAGCUUUGCCCAGAAACAGGAUAAAUGAGGGCCUUCAAGGGCAUCCCUCAAAUAUGUGAGGUUAAUCUGAAUAAUUACAUUGUGGGGGACCAAAUAUAGGAAAAGAUAUUUUAUAGCUUAUUUUAAACACUACUUUGUAUAACGGUUUUUGGUUAGCGUGGACCAUGUGUUUCCCGCUCCAGAAGUGAGAUGAUUAGGAAGAGGGGAUAUGAAUGGGUGCACUGACUUCCCCUAUAAGCACAGUGUAUGUGUGGGUACUGGAGGGAUCCUCCCUACCCCAACUGUUUAAAGCGCCAGUACCAUGAAUCAAUCCAGCAGGCUUGUUAGCUACAUAUCUUCGUAUGUAUGUUUUCUAGGGGAAAGCCGGUCUGAAGCAUUUGACUUCCUAGGGGAGUUGAUGCAGGUCAGUGGAAGUGCUUCCAUACUACAUCUGUUUGGGGGGGAAAAAAACAAACAAACAAAAACCAAAACUUAGCUCAGGAGUAGAAGUCACAACUGAUAUUUUGUGCCUUGAGCAAUGAGGGGCACUCAAGUUUGUCAUCAGCUGCCUUAUUGUUGGGCACUUCCAAUGAAAACACUUGCAAUGAGUAACUAAUUUCAUGUAUAGUAUGAUUAUUUUUCCCAUGCUUGUAGGUUGUUGACUCUUAAUUUUCUGCUGCAGGGGAAUUUCAAGUUUCAGGUGUUCCCAUUGUAUCCUGCUCCAUCUCCCUGUAUUGUGCAGCAAAACCUAAGGAGUAGCUGGACUCUCUUACAGUAGUGUCAAGAAAUUGCUAUGACCUUUGUAAAUCUGUGUGGUGUCAUCAGUUUUAGGAUAUUUUUAAACGUGGGUACUUAGUAAGCACUGACUGAGGCAGCGGAAUGCUAUCAGUAUUUUGUACAUGAACUAAUGCAUUAUCUGUUUGUUUUUAUUGUAAUAAAUUUAUUAUUAUUCCUGUGUUGGAUGCUAACAUUA